UCUUACCAAGAAUCCUCACUGAUUGUUAUGGCUAAUUUUCUGAAAUUUUUCUUUAAUUUUCUUAGGUAAUUAUGGUAAACCAUCUGAAAAUGAUCGAUUGAUUGAGUAACCACAUUUGGAAAAUUUCCACCGUCAUCCUGAGAUUCAUCGAUUCUUUCCCUUUUUCUGUUAACCUCAUCUUGGAUCUUGUAGUGUGUCAACUCUUAUUUAAUUUAACAACAUCGCUUCUUAUUUAACUUUUUUUCUUCCAAUCAGUGUAUAUAUUACGUCUAAAUGAUUUGUCAUAUCAGUUGAGGUAGGAAAUUUUCCGUGACUGUGACUUAUUGGAUUCAAUAUUUACCAUCGUCCAUUUGAUUUAACCUUGCAAAGCUCAAUACAGAGGGAGAAAAACGAUCAACACAAAAGAACUGAAAAUAUAACCGGAAAAAUGGCUUGGAAAAAGUUGUAACACUUUUCAAUACGGAAAUUGAUACAAGGACAAAUUUAUCUCGGAUAAUCUCGUCAUCAUUAUUUCGUCAUCACCGAAUUACGUAUAAAUCUAUCUUCUGAUCAUGGAGAGAUCAUCAGCAAUCAACUGGACCGAGUCAAAUUCAAUUAUCUAUCGAUAAUUACUAAAGAAAACGUUGUCUGGAAUAUUCCCUCAAGUUGAUUUCCAAUCUUAUGGCGAUUUGAAGAUAAUUAAACUCCGUUUCAAUCACAAUUGAAAAGAAAUGAAUUCUAUGUUACUUAUGGUUAAGUGACGAAAAAAACGACCGAAUUUCGUUGGAAAAGAAAAAAGUUUACCAAAGAAACAGAACAAGAUUAUAUGACAGAAAACGAGAAGUUAUCAGAUUUACCAAAGACUAUUAAUAACCAACCUAUUUAAUGCUGACCAUUCUGAUGACCAAUUGAAUAUUAAUAUUUUCUCCUUCUUUCAAUGUAAAUCAUUUGUUUGUUUUCACAACUUGCUUUCCAAUAGCAUGGACAGUUCAAUCACGAACUAAAUUCUGACCGUGACUUUGUCAGUUUAAUUCUAAUUGUUGUACAACAAUCAACAUAUUCAUCGAAAUAAUUGUUACUUUAUAUCAAAUUUUUCUCGAGAAAACUUUCUUUUCCAAAUGUAAACCAAGGUGAUCUUUUUUUUUAUAUCAAUCUAAUUGUCUCCGCUAUUUUUGGUCUAUUUACUGGUGUUGCUUCUGCCGUUUCUGUUAAUGAAAUCAUCAUCAUCGACAUGAUCAACCAUCUAUCACUCAUUUUAUCUCAUCAAUACAAUAAUAACAAUUAACGAUAUCUAAGUGCAUCAAAUAACAACAACUAUCAAGCUCACAAGUUGCUCAUCUCCAAAUAUCAACAACAACAACACCAACAACGUUAUUGGCUCCCUCAUUUCUCUCUCUCUCUCUCUCUCUCUCUCCUCACCUUCUCCCUCCAUUCAACAUCUACUUCUUGGUCUCUCUGACGAUUUUCCUUCUCACUCUUGUGCCUCAUCUGAACAUCAUCUCUCUUAUUCUCUCACAGUUUCUCAAUAUUUUCAAAUUUCCAUUGAAAUAUCAAACAAAUGACAACAUAACCAAUCAUCUCGAUAUAUUUUGCUUUCAUCAACAUCAUAACUAUCAUCAAGUUAAACUUCAACAUAAUCAACAUUGGAAAACCAGCAGAAAAAGUAAAAACAAGUUACCAACAUUAACCAGUCGCUUAAUUGUUGCUGUUAAAUUUUGGUUUUGCAAUUUUCUGUUGUUGAUCAACUUUCACCAUUCUCACUGCUCCCUUCAUACAACUGCCUUCAAGCUAAUCUGAAAUUCAAUUCAAUUUAAUAAGUUUCAUUUGGUAAUAUGACGAGAAUCAACUUGGAUAAUUUAGUUAACUUAUUGUAAUUUAAUUUCUUGCUCUCUGUGGUUAAUCAAACAAGUUAUAGUUUUCAUUUUUUAAUUGUUGACAAAAUUUACAACCAAAUUGAAGAUGGAAAAAGUUUCAAGUUGAAUUGAUUUUAUCAACAACAGUAGUUGGAUUAUCAUAACAAAAAAAAACUCACCAUUAAAUCAACAACAAUCAACAAGUGCAAUAACAACAACAACCAUUGUUAACACAGAAAUCCAAUCAACCUAGUGAACAAUUAAACUCAAUCAAUUUACUAUCAGUUGACAAAUAUUUUCAUUUCUAUCAAUCAUGCUGACGAUUGUGAUUUGAUUGUUUCGUUCAAUUGUUGGUUGAAAAUCACAUUGAAUUAACCAAGAAAAAUAUCAGAAAUUCAUCAUCAUUUUCUGUUACAAUUUAAUUCACUUUCAUUCAAUUGAAUACACGAUUAAUUGUUUGAAACUUUUUCUCUCCUUCUUAUUUACAGUUAGUUAACCACAAUUCAUAAGUGUAAUUUAUUUUUAAUUGUAAAAUUGUAUAACUUUGUUAAUUUACGUAAACAACAAUAUCGACAAUGACUCUAUUGGCAACCAGAAUAAUCGCUUUGAUUGUAUUGUUUUUUUUAACCUUGUUGAUGGGAAUCGGUCCAGUUAUUUUGUUCCGUUACUGGAAUCGCAGGAAACAGGCCAAGACCCUUGAAGUUACUGGUCGAAAAGGAUCUUCCUCGAAAGGUUCAAUGCAAAAAUCGACUGCAAGUGCGGUUACACUUCAAUUGUUGAUGUUUUUCGGCGGCGGAGUUUUACUGGCUACAUGUUUCGUCCAUCUUAUACCCGAAGUGAGAGAAAAUUUUGACCACUAUUUCCAUUCCAAGGAAGGGCAGGCCUCAUUCCUGGGACCCAAAGCUUCAGCUUCAUCUCAUUCUCAUGAUCAUUCCCAUGGAAGUGAACAUGAUCUACCAGGGGCACAUGAAAUUGAUCCGGAACAUCAUCAUCAUGAUCACGACCAUGACCAUGGUAAUGAGAGUAAUAGUAGUGAUUCAAUGGGAAUUAAUUACAACGGAAGUGAACCGGCAACCGAUGAAACUGAUACAUCAGCCUCAUUAAAAGCAACCACCGGUCAUAAGCAUAAACACAAAGUUCCCUAUGUAGAGCUUGCAAUUUGUGGUGGUUUUUUCCUCAUCUAUUUCCUUGAGGAGAUUAUUCACCUUUUAAUUGGUAAUCACCAUGAAAAAGAUGAUGAUGCCUCUAUUGACACCGGAUCGACCGUGAUUGACAAGCCCAGACCAAGUAAUGGAACUAUUCAAAUGUCCUUAAACUGUGAACCUUUGCCCAAUGGUAAAGGUCAAAAUCCACCUUACCUAGUGUCUUGUGUUAAAAUACCUUCAGCCUCUCCUCAUUAUGGAACCAUAGGUUAUGAUAAUCAUGGUGUCGAUCUUAAAGAUGAUUCAGUUUAUCCAGGAUUCCGUCCAACACCAAUCGAAGCAUUUACCGAUUCUCGAGGAAAUAUAAGUCCAACCUCGAGCUCCUUUGAUAUGCUCAAUAAAACAAAUUCCUCUUCCGCUUCAACAACCUCAUCAUUAAAUCGUCAACCUCUUUCAGUCCGUUUUCUUCGUGGUUUUGUUACCAUUGUUGCCUUUUCCGCUCAUUCGGUUUUCGAUGGGGUGGCCAUUGGUCUUCAGAGUACAACCUCACAAUUAUGGACAAUUUUCUUUGCCAUUUCUAUGCACAAACUGGUUGUCGCUUUUGCGAUUGGCCUUGAACUCUACGAACAAACCGCAAGUUUAGCCUUAACAUGGAUCCAUAUGAUUCUGUUUUCCAUCAUGUCCCCCAUUGGAAUCUUAAUUGUUAUUCUCACCGAAAGAGAAUUCAAAUCACAAGAUAGUCCAGUUAUCAUCCUUUUAAGUGCCGUUGCAACGGGAACAAUAUUGUACAUUGUUUUCUUUGAGAUUCUCCAACGAGAUCGAUGUUCAAAAAUUCCUGGAAUUGUUCAACUUUUCAUCUUGGUCAUUGGCUUUACCUGUAUGAGUUGUUUGACUCUUUUGGUUGAUCAUUAAAAGAAAAAGGUAAUCAUCAUGAUUAUCCUUUCCUCUUUAUCAUCUUCAUCAUCAUGACUCUGCUAUUGCAAGAGAGAUACUUUUACUUUGCAGUUUCUCAUAAACUCUCUCUUUCUUUUCUUUCUUACUCUUCCUGUUUCAAUCUCUUUUUCCUCAUCAUCUUUUCCGCAUUUAGUCUUAUUAUUUAUCCUUUUUUUCUUCUCCGUCUUAUCUUCACCAUCAUCUUUUCUUCUUCUCUUCCGACGACAUUCAACUUCAGAAUCAACAUGAAAACAAUAACGCCAAAGGGAUAACUCUGAAUUGAAACUUGAUUCAAUCUCUCCAAUCACUUUAUCAUCAACAUGAAAUAAUCAACACACACAAGAAAAGGAAUCAAGGAUUUUGACCUAACCAACGAGCUACGGGCCUCAAACAUAUACAACAAACUUAAUAUUAUCAUUCUCAUCAUCAUCAUCAUCAUCAUCCUACGUUCAGAUCUCAUCAUGUUUCUAACCCUCUUUCUUUGUUUUCACAGUUAACAUCAAAUGAAUGAAACAUUUUCUAUUGAUCAAUUUCAAUAUCAAUGAUAAUCAUUUCAUGACUCAAGCAGAUUUAACAUCUACCUGUUCUUGCUGAUACAUCAUCAACAUACAUUUGAAAUAAUUGCCCAACCAUCAAUAGCAGCUAAGGUCCGGUUCAUUAAUCUAUUGGAGGACAGAAUUAAUAAAAAAAAGUUUAUAUCGCGAUGAAAAAAAACAACCACCAAAGAUUAACGAUUGUAAACAAGAUCAAGAGAGAGCAUCUAAAGAUGAGAGAGAGAGAGAGAGAUGAUCAUCUAAAAUUGAAGAUUAAGAUGAUAACGAUGAUAACGAUGACUUUGACCGAGAUACCAAGCAACAAGUGUGAGGAUAAAGAGGAGGAUUAAACUCAAAAGGAAUCGUAUCUUUAUAACGAGAUGGAAACAAAUUAAAAUGAUGAUGCCUAAAGUUGAUGAUACAAAUAAAUUAUCAUCGUUUUCACGAAAUCGUUGCAGCCAAUAUUAUCAGAAUCGUCUCCCAAUAUCAUGAUUUAGCGAAAAAAGGAAAAAAAAGAAAGUCAAGCAAAAGAGAAAGUCACAAAAAAGAAAGAUCAUCAAGAGGAUAAACAACAGCAUCAAAUUCAUUGGAGAGAGAGACGAUGAUGAUGGAGGAAGAUAAAAAAUUGGUUCAUACUGUCACCAGGUAUGGAAUCAUAAUUGAAAUGAUUACCAUCCAAGCAUGGAUCAUUUUCAUCCUCAUCAUCAUCGUUGUCACCAUCUUCUUAUUUCAUAUCUCUCUCUCUCUCUCUCACUCUCUCUCUCACUCUCUUAUCAUCUUCUCCCUUUCUGUAUUUAUCUUGUCUAAUUUACUUGAUGAAAGUUAUUUAAAGAGAUUAAUUAUUUAAAUAACUUUUAUCUUCAUCUAAUUGGUGAACCAUAACUGUAUCUACCUGUAUUAACGGUUAACUAACUGUGCGUAUGAAUAGGUUAAUUAGAGAUAGCAAAUUGAUGACCACUUAACAAUCACCGUAACAAUUAACUUUCCAUUGAUUAAACAUUACGAUGUAAUAUAAGCAUUCAGAUUGACAGGAAUUACAAUAUCUAAAUUAAUAUCACAAUUAACUAGUGAAACUCAAUUUUUAUAUUUAGUUAUUGAAUUUAGUUGAUUGUUGCAAAUUAUUUGUACCUUAUUUUUUUUUGUUAAUCAAUUAAUUAGCAUUCCUAAAGUAAUAGUAUUUUAAUUAAUCAAGUUGAUAUGAUAUAUAUUUUUAUCAAUUACUGUUGAUUAAUUGUAAACAUUUUCAAUUACUCGAUGAUGAUAUUAACUAUUAUCAAACUUUUUUCAUUAAGUUAAUCAUUUACAAUCAAUUUAUUAUUUGAUUCUAAACAAUUGCUUAUCUUUCAGUCCGACAAUUAAACGCACAAAAGCUUAAUUGUAAUAAUUAACUUAAUACAAUUAGUGAUUUAGUUUUUUUUUGUUUCUUUCCACAAUCACAAUUACCUUCAUCAGACCAAUUUAAUUAGUUGAUAAAGUUUAUUGAGCUUAUCGUUAACCAUAAAUUGUAAUGGUUACAACUACUUUAUUGUAAUUAACUUUAAUCAUAAUUAAGACAAACUUAAUUUUAAUCAUAAUCAUUAACUUUUGAAUAUAUUGAAUAUGUAAUGUUGAUUAAAAGUCAAAUAUUAUCAAUUAAAACUUUGCCUCUCUCUCUCUCUUUGCUGAUUGUUUGUUAAAUUGUAACAAUUAGUGACAAUGAUUUAUAAUUAAUAGUAACGGGUGAUCAUAUUGAGUCUCGGUUUAAUUAAUUAGUAACAAUAAGUAAUCAAUGACAAAGAAAAGGUGAAAAAAAUAAACAAAGUGAAAAAUUGUCCCAAUCAACAAUUAAGGUAAACAAUAAACACCAACAACAAUUAACUGAUUGUUAAAGAUGUAAAUUAACUUAUGAUUUGAGUUUUUUUUUACUAAUUAUCUAACCUUCACAGUAUUCUGAUUAUGCACAAUUAAUUGUUAACAAUUAUCGAGGUAAUGAUUGCAAUUGCAAUAAAGAAAACAAAUCGAAACAAUUUAAUCAUCAAUACGAAAACAACAACAAAAAAUGUAAAUUAACUCAACAAUUUA